AUGGCGGCUCGCAGGCCGCCAUCGCAGGCUUUCUCUGCCGCUUCGUCCAGCAUCGCUUCGUGUCUCGAGCCAGCCGGCUUCGACCUCAGCACGCCCAGGCCCCAUUCAGCGCGACGCGCCGUGUCUGGACGCACUCUCGCGUCGCCCAUCGCCUGGAUGCAGCUAGUCGUGGUCCCAGAUGAUCCGAGUCUCUCACGGCCUUCUUGGCUGGAGAGAACACCCAUCUCACGAGCUUCCCCGGACUUGAACCCCAAAGAUCGAGACUAG